AUGUCACAGCUAAAUACAAGGUGUUUGCGGAGAAGGGGCGGCCCGUAUAAAACAGAACCUGCAAGUGACCUCACCCGCUGGCGACUGAGCAAUGAAGAAGGGCGGCAGAGUUGGCGCUACCUGGAGGCUGGCGAGGCAUGUGAGCGAGAGCAGAGCGGGCUGGAGGCUCACUGCCUAGGCUUGGACACGAGUAAGUUCUUCAAGGCCUUGCCCCAGGCCUGCACAGCCCAGGAAGCAGCGCUGAAUGGGAUGAAGUUUUACUCUGGCCUGCAGGCGGAGGAUGGGCACUGGGCCGGUGACUACGGGGGGCCCCUCUUCCUGCUGCCAGGUUUCCUGAUCACCUGCCAUGUUGCCAAGAUCCCGCUGCCAGAAGAGUACAGGAGGGAGAUGGUGCGUUACCUGCGCUCGGUGCAGCUCCCUGAUGGAGGCUGGGGCUUGCACGUGGAAGACAAAUCGACAGUGUUUGGCACAGCGCUCAACUACACAUCCCUGAGGAUCCUGGGGGUUGGGCCGGAUGACCCGGACCUCGUGAGGGCUCGGAUCAACCUCCACAGCAAAGGGGGUGCUGUGGGAAUCCCAUCCUGGGGGAAGUUUUGGCUGGCCGUCUUGAACGUUUACAGCUGGGAGGGAAUGAACACGCUGUUCCCUGAGCUGUGGCUGCUCCCGGCGUGGAUGCCAGCCCACCCCUCCACGCUGUGGUGCCACUGCCGCCAGGUGUACUUGCCGAUGAGCUACUGCUACGCCACGCGCCUGACUGCCGAGGAGGAUGAGCUUGUCCAGAGCCUCAGACAGGAGCUGUACGUCCAGGACUACUCCAGCAUUGACUGGCCGGCCCAGAGGAAUAACGUGGCUGCCUGCGAUCUCUACACCCCGCACAGCUGGCUACUCACACUUGCCAAUGCCAUCAUGAAUGUGUACGAAGCCCACCACAGCACCCGGCUGAGGCAGCGAGCCAUCGCGGAGCUGUACGACCACAUCAAGGCUGACGACAGAUUCACCAAGGCCAUCAGCGUUAGCGUGAUUUCCAAGACCAUUAACAUGCUGGUUCGCUGGUACGUGGAUGGGGAGAGCUCUCCAGCCUUCCAGGAGCAUGUCUCCAGGAUCCCUGAUUACCUCUGGCUGGGACUCGACGGCAUGAAGAUGCAGGGCAGCAACGGAUCCCAGCUCUGGGACACAGUGUUUGCCGUCCAAGCCUUCCUGGAGGCUGGUGCUCAGAACGACCCGGCAUUCGCUUCCUGUCUGAGACGGGCCCAUGAGUUCCUCAAAAUCACCCAGAUUCCGGAUAACCCGCCCGACUACCAGAAGUACUAUCGCCAGAUGAGCAAGGGCGGAUUCCCCUUCAGCACCCGUGACUGCGGCUGGAUCGUGGCUGACUGCACUGCGGAGGGGCUGAAAUCGGUGAUGCUGCUGCAGGAGAAGUGUCCCUUCAUAGCAGAGCACGUCCCCACGGGGCGCCUCUUUGACGCUGUGAAUGUGUUGCUGAGCAUGAGGAAUCCUGACGGAGGCUUCGCGACGUAUGAAACCAAGCGGGGGGGCCGGCUGCUGGAGCUCCUGAACCCCUCGGAGGUGUUCGGUGACAUCAUGAUAGACUACUGCUACGUGGAGUGCACGUCGGCCGUCGUGCAGGCGCUGAAGCACUUCCACGAGGCCUUCCCCGAGCACCGGGCCCGGGAGGUCAGAGAGACGCUGCGCAAGGGCCUGGAGUACUGCCGCAGGGUGCAGAGAGCUGACGGCUCGUGGGAAGGGAGCUGGGGUGUGUGCUUUACCUACGGCACCUGGUUCGGACUGGAGGCCUUGGCCUGUCUGCAGCACACCUACCAGAACGGAGCCGCAUGCAGGGAGGUGGCCCAGGCCUGCCAGUUCCUGGUCUCCAAGCAGAUGGAGGAUGGUGGCUGGGGAGAGGACUUUGAGUCCUGCAAGCAGCGCAGAUACGUGCAGAGUCCCACCUCCCAGAUCCACAACACCUGCUGGGCCCUGCUGGGGCUCAUGGCCGUCAGAUACCCGGACGUUGGGGUGCUGGAAAAGGGGAUCAAGGUUUUGAUUGACAAGCAGCUGCCCAAUGGGGACUGGCCUCAGGAGAACAUCUCUGGGCUGUUCAACAAGACCGGUGCAAUCAGCUACACCUCCUACCGCAACGUCUUCCCCAUCUGGGCCCUGGGGCGCUUUGCACACCUGCACCCUGGCAGCGCCCUUGCUGGCAAGCUGCAGCCCAGGUCCUUGCACAGCGAAGAGGAGAUCCUGGCUGGAGGGAAGCGGGAUGGGGUUCUGUCAGGGUCCCCCUCUGCCUGA